AUGACAUCUUUUCUAUCUGAGCUCCAACAGGUUCAGCCAGUGGAGAUGUUUCGUCGUAUCUUGUCAAAGCGCAUAAGACCCGUCGAGGAUACUGACUUCGAGGUUGGCAGACAAGUCCGUCGCAGACUAAAUUUCCAUGCCAUGGCAGAGAAAGCAGAUAGAGAAGAGCCCAAGGUCCAAGUCAUAGGAGUCAGCGCCGAUGACCUCCCGAUACCUCCGAAGACCAUCACCAAUAACUUCAAGGCUUACGAUGGGCUUCCGGUUGUUAGAAAGCUAGACUGGCAUGUGAACGAAAAGAAGGAACCGAUCCGCAGAGAUCUAAAGGGCAGUCAGUCUCUCCUCGCGGGAUUUGCCCAAACACGGGGAUUUGUCGCAUUAGUGCCAUGCGAUUACUGCCGUUCUUCUCGGGGGCCGUGGCAGUCCUGUGUUAUUGGGACGGAUAUUAACAUUGAUACAACGACCCAUGGAUCAUGCGCCAAUUGUCGUUUUAGUCGCAAGGGACAUAUUUGCAGUAUCCGAACCAAUGUCUUCAACUUUGACCACCCGGUCAUGUCUACAGAAAACGGAGAUCGAUCCAGUGAUGAGAUAUCUUCUAUUCCGAGUGAUUUGAGCUUGUCGCCGGUGCCUGCUGAAUGGGACGGAUUCGAAAGCGAGACCGAAGAAAAGGCCACCAGUCCUGGCAACGCCAUGAACGAGAAUACGCGUACUCCAACGAUCAAAGACGAGUACUCUCCAAACCGGAAUGCUCUCAAUAACCUCAUUGCAAAUCCCAUAAAUACUUCUAACUCCCGUCUCAAGGGAAGAGUCAUUCCCUUUCCUCUUGGACCGGAAACAAUUGAUGAUCUCCAGUUGUUAAAGAUAGCGGCAAAGGAUAUGAUUGCGCAUCUUGAUGUGAUCAAUCGUCGAAUCGAGCAACUGGAAUCUAAAGAUCGUGACAGAAAAGAAUUCAUCAAUCCUUGGGAACUUGUUUGA